ACCGUAUCUUCGCCAGAGCUCCACACGCUGCGACCCCACCGAUCAUGACCACUCCCUUCACAUUGCGGAUCGGCCUCUAGAUUUCGACAAGUCCACUGUGGACCAUGCCCACCGAUCGUUCCAACACCAGCAAUGGGCGCCCUUUGAUGCCCACACUGGCCACCACCCGCACGGCCAAAACCCCCAUCACUCCCCGCCUUGCUCCCUCGAUUGCCUCCGCAAGCACCUCGCAGUCCGUCCGCACCGUCCGCAGCGAUGCCGCCACUACUCCGAGGGCCAAUACUGUCUCGAGGGACGACCUCUCCACGCCCGUGAAGUCGUUUCUCAGCAGCAAUAUCACUCCUCGCUCAUCGUCCAGAAAAUCCCGUGUAGGCACCGGCAGCGGGCGCUCAACCCCCAGCGGUACACCCUCCGGCACACCCUCCGGAACACCGAGCAGCACUCGCCCCUCAUCCACUAUUGACCUUCCUUCAAAAGAACACCUCUAUGGCUCCGGCGGGCUUGGUAUUAAUGGUCUUGGAGGUGCCAAGGACAUUUCGCCCUUAUUUUUCCGCGCAAAUGAUGUCAAGAAUCAAGAUGCCACAUUGGGCGCGCCAGCACCGAAGAAGAAGGGCCCUGUGUUCUUCUAUGCAAAUGGCCAACAGAAUCAGGGUCCACGGUCGCCAUCAAUUCCUUCACCGCCUUUGUCAUCCACUGCAAGAUCUCAGCCCGACAGCAAAUUCUUCCAUGCUAACUCUAUUUCUGAGCCAAGAGGCCCCUCGCCAAUCCUUACUCCACCGCCAGUCACAUCGCCAGACCCGUUGCAGAAACCACCUUCCCUUCGGCCGCAGUCACCAUCCAAGGACACCAUUCACCUCUCUUAUAGAAAAGGUGCUUCUCAGGUUAUCCGACCGAAUCUCCAGAGCCGGCCAUCUGCCCUAUCCGUUCUUCCCGGCCACGCACAUGCACCAACGGAGCAAUCCCACGUCUUCGACUUCAAUCAUGACCGCUCGGCGAGGAGAAGAUCCAGCUCGGGCAUGUCUGUCGGCCGGCCUGGGCACGCCAAGAGCAGCAGCUUGUCGUCCAUUGACUCUGUGACUUCGCUCAAGCGGACGAUAUCGACUGAUGCGCCUGCUAUUAUACCAAGCCCACUUCAUCAUGAAAAUCGGCUUGUGAGUUCCGGCUCGUUACCUGAGAGUGUUGCGUCCGCGCCUACUCCACCAAAGGAGAUCUUCUCGACUUUGGGAUCUCCCGGCCUUCAAAGCCCUACCAAACCAACCAAUGGUCCAAGCCCUCUAGAGCAUAUGAAUGAGCUGGCGGCAAAUGCCCGACGGGAACGCAAGGUGCUCGAUCUUGAGAUCAGUAACUCCUCAUUGCUAGCCAUCAACCGGCAACUAGAGAGAGAAGUCCGCAAGCAAAAGGCCGAGAUACGGCGAUUCCGUCGGAUGAGCAGAGCGGGCAGAUUCUCUGCCGACAACAUCGUUCCAAGUCUCGAAACCUUUUCGGCCAUUGGCGUGAGUGAAACAGGCGAGCUUUCUGAUAUGGAGGAAGGAGAGGAAGAGGCACAGGUUGAAGAAGACGAACAGGAUGAAUAUAUCAGUGAGGACUCGAUAGACGAGGGCGCGCUGUCCCCCAACGCUCUAGCAGAACGAGACGCCGUCCAUCUUAUGCGGGAUGAGAAACGCCUCCAGCUAGAUCUCUCGAAGCAUCGGGAGCUCCUCGUCGACAGUCAGAAGAUGAACCAGAGCCUGAAACGAUGUCUAAAUUGGACAGAAGAGCUUAUUAAGGAAGGUCAAAAGGCUCUUGCAUACCAAGUCCGCGUCAGCGACGUUAAACUCGGGGGACGCGUCCUUGAUUCCGAGUACCACCUCGACUCUGCAUCUGCAGCUGAAUCACACACGCUGCUAAGUCCCUGGACACCUCCGUCGCGAGCCACUGACCCCAUGGAGCUUGCUGGUUCCCUUGCUGGCUCGGACCGUACAGACAGAGAUAGCGGGAUUGAUGUGGAUGGUAUGAAACCCAUUGCUCCGGAACUGUAUGGAGAGUUCCUGCCACUGGGAUCACCGCUUGCGGAGACACCUUCGCGACCGCCCCGGUCAACGGAUCAGUGUGGAACCACUUUCUGAGGUAGCCUUGGCCUGGGUUUCAGGAAUGACAUAAUAUAGGUAUCCUGUUAUCUGUCCCUCUGAUCUGGCACACCCUUGAGAUAUGUACCGGUUCGCAAAACAAUACCGUCAUUUCUCUCAAAUUUUCUUUGUUUAAUUACCACCCAGCAACGGCGUUCUUAGGCGGAUAUGGGUUGGCACACCUACACAUCACAGUGGCUGUAUACCUAAGGUGGCGCAACCGGCAUCACCACGUUGAGUGCGAUCUCAAC